AUGUCGGGCCCGUCAUGGCACCCCCUGCCGGUGGCGCACCAUGACAUCCCCACGCUGCUGGUGUCGACGUCGUUCACCCAGUCGUCGUACACGGUGCACAUCACCGACAUGGCCAACAUCUGGUCGGAGAGCCUUGAGAGGAAGGCCAUCUGCAUGCGCGGCUUUAAGGAGGACACCAGCAUCGACCCGAGCGAGGACAGCGAGCAGAUGGGCCUGUUCCUCGGCAAGAUCCGGGCCACGUUUGAGCAGGACGCGCCGGACCACGAGAGUACCAGCUUGGCGGUUGCGGGCAGCGCAGACGGCGAUCUCGUCCUGCGAAUCACCUGCGUGCUGCCCAAGCCGCUGAAGCCCCUCAAGUGGCCGGUGUAUCUGAAGAAGAGCCCUGGCUCGGCGAUCGCCACGGAGUUGGUGCUUCCCCUGAUCCAGGCGCACCACACGAGAGUGGAAGAGACGGACUCCCUCGUGUCGCUACUAAAGGAGAAGGACGCGGUGAUUGCCAAGUUGCUAGACAAGCACGAAUCUAUGGGAACCGGGCUUGAGAACAUCUUCACCGCACUCUCCAGCAAGCGCAAGGUCACGAGGGCGGCCGCUGAGGACCGUAUCAAGGGGCUCGCGCCGUUCCGGGAGUCAGAGCUCAGGGUAAGGCUCGAGAGGGCUCACGGUGGUGACUCGGUGGAUGUGAAGGGGCUGAUACAAGAAGCCUUCGGGGGCAAGGGGCUGCGAUACCGGUCAGACCUGGAUAUUGCGGCGUCGGCCGACCUGGAUACGUGGUGGAAGAACCUGGACAGCGGCGCUGGAGUGCAGCUCGUCGAGCGCAAGAAGGAGAAGUCUCCAGCGGCUGCCGAAGCUGCACCGCCGACGCCUACAAAACCGGCCGAUGACGAUGAUGACUUUCAGGUGCAGGCGACUCCGCCUCACCUCAUGUCGGCCAAAAAGCGCGAGGCAGGCAACAAGCGGGCUGUCCCUGGAGAUGACGAUGGCACCACUGAUGAUGAGGCAGCGAUACCGGACAGCAAUCCGCCUCCCAAGCCGUCGUCCCCGGCGCCCAAGAAGUCCAAGUUGGGAGCCAUUGGCAAGAAGAAGCAGGCCACGCCGCCGCCUCCUCCGCCCAAGUCACCUUCGCCUGCUCCCGAGGAGCCAGCUGCUGAAGACGUCGCAAUGGACGACGCAGCAUCUGCCACAGCCUCGGAGCAUGACGCGAACCCAGAAUCUAGCCCGCCGCCGCCUCCACCCCCAAAGUCUUCGCAACCGAAGAAGGGAGGCUUAGGGCGGAUAGGCGGCGGCAAGGCCAAAGCGGCUGAGAAGACAAAAUCAAAGUCGCCAUCACCAGAGCUACCGCCAGCAUCGCAGAGCACGAGCAAGCCUGCGCCGAAGAAGCUGGGCCAGAUAGGAAAGAAAAAGGAAACCGCGCCGGCUGGAGAGCCCGCAAGAGGCGGAGAAGAGUCGUCCAGGGGUCGCGGCCGGACGCCGGCCGGCGACGGGGCCAAGGAGGAGAAGCCGCGAGAGACGUCGGAGGAGAGGGCGAACCGGAAGCGGGAGGAGCUGGAGAAGGAGCUCCAGAGGAAGGCGGCUGCUGGACCUGCGAAGAAGAAGCGCAAGUUCUGA